GCAACGUUUUGACAUUUCCAUUUCAACCAUUCUUUCCACCUGCCAAUUUCUUCUGAAUCCUAACCAAAGUGCUUGAAUUUUUCAUCAAAUUAUUACCGUUUUUAUUAUAAAUCAUGGAUGAGGAUAUGGUAUUUGAUCCAUCUUUGAAGAAAAAGAAGAAGAAGAAGAUUGGCUUUGAUAUGGACGCUGCGCUUGCGGAUCAGGGUGAAACCAGGAGCACGGAGGCACCAGCCGAGACGGGUGACGUUGAUGUGCCGGAGGAUGAUAACCUUGAUUUAGACAACUUCGGUAAGAAGAAGAAAAAGAAAAAGAAGACUUUCUUCAACUUGGAGGAGAUUGAGAAUGCCUUACCGGAGACUCCUCCAGCGGAAGAGCCUGAACCCCAGGAAGAGGUUAUUGAUGACUUAGAUUUAGAAAUAGACUUCUCGAAAACGAAAAAGAAGAAAAAGAAAACUAAAAAUAUUGAUGAUUUAGGAGUUGAGGAUGACACAAAAGGAGAAGACCAGGAAAAUGUUGAAGAUUUACAUGGAGAUUGGGUGGGCAGUGAUAGAGACUACACAUAUGAUGAGCUAUUGGAGCGUGUAUUUGACAUAAUGAGGGAGAAAAACCCUAGUAUGGUGUCUGGUAAAAAGCAGAAGUUUAUAAUGAGACCUCCACAGGUUGUGAGAAUUGGCACAAAGAAGACCUCAUUUGCCAAUUUCACAGAAAUAUGUAAAACGUUACAUCGACAGCCUAAACAUUUACUAGACUUUUUGCUGGCUGAGUUAGGUACCAGUGGUUCUGUUGAUGGUAACAGUCAACUUAUUAUCAAAGGCCGCUUCCAACAGAAACAAAUAGAAAAUGUCCUACGUCGUUACAUCAAGGAAUAUGUGACCUGUCAUACAUGUCGCUCGCCUGACACUAUUCUUCAGAAAGAUACCAGGUUGUUCUUCCUUCAAUGUGAGACAUGUGGUUCACGAUGCUCUGUCGCCAGCAUCAAGUCUGGAUUCCAGGCGGUUACUGGCAAGCGUGCAGCCAUCCGUGCAAAGACUGCAUAAAAAUUUAGUGCAUAGUGAUAAUAUACUAAUUUUUACAGUUGCAAAAACAGGGGUACAUACAGUUACAUGUCAUUGAAUCAGCAUAUGUAAUUUUCUCACGUUUGUGCUAUGAUUUGUGAAUUCUAAAGGUGAUAUUUUUACUUUUGAAUCUUUGUUCACUUUGCUGAAAUGUAUUAUAGUAUCAGAUUAUUUAUAACAUAAGUUUUCUAAACUUAUCUAUCUACAAGACUGUCUCCUAUUUCUGUAAAUCAAAAUUAUGCUUACUUAUAAGUGUUACAAGGUUUAAAACUCAUAAUUUGAAUGAAUUUAGAAUACUAGUGCUAUGAAGCUGGCCUUAUUACAACAGCUUUUAAACUUGUGUAAGUGAUGUGCUCAAAUAGUGAAUAAUUGGUUCACAAACAUACUGAUAUCUGAAUGUACCCCACUCUAAUCUAACAUCUAUAUUUAUGUAUAGCUCACAUCUGUAUUAUUCUCAUUGAUACAUACACAAAGUUUUAUAAA